AUGUCUGUCAUCGAUACUACCAAGGACCUGUCAGCACUCUUCUCCCAACAGGUUCAGGCUACCCCCGACUUGGUUGCUUUAGAAGACGACAAGACUACAUACACAUACCAGGAGCUUCACGACAAAGUUGCUGCGCUUGCCGACCGGCUGCGGGGUCAUGGGGUUGGCCGUGACAGCCUGGUUGGUGUCCUGUUGCCGCGAUCCGCCGACUAUGUAAUCGCCUGCUUAGCAGCACUCCGUGCAGGCGGUGCGUUUCUGGUUCUGGAAUUGGCCUAUCCUCCUGAUCUCCUUGCCGAUGUUCUUGAGGACUCACAACCUACUGUUAUAGUUACUGUCAGUGCAGAAGUCGGAAAGAUCAAGGGGUCCACACCGCUCGUUGUUCUGGAUGAAACCAGCUCAGAUAAGAACGGCCAAUUGGACGAGCACGAUCUAAAGCCUUUGCCCGAAGAGACUGAUUUGGAACGCCUGGCAUUUGUUGCCUACUCUAGUGGAACUACUGGCAAGCCGAAAGGUAUCGCCAACCCUCACAAAGCAGCAGUCUUUUCAUACAAUCUUCGAUUCGGGCUAUCUGAUCUGCAACCGGGAGACCGUGUGGCUUGCAAUGUCUUCUUCGUUUGGGAAAUCAUACGCCCGCUAUUAAGGGGAGCAACUGUUGUGGCUGUUCCGGACGAUGUGAGCUACGAUCCACGCAUGUUGGUCGACCUCCUUGCCUCCAAGAAGAUUACCGAGACUCUUUUCACACCAACCCUAUUCUCUGCUGUUCUUGCAAGACACCAGGCGCUCGCGACUCGGCUGCCGAAUCUAAAGACUGUUUGGCUCAAUGGCGAAGUAGUGACAACCGAUCUUGCACGCCGUGGUAUCAAGGCCCUCCCCAACGCCCGCUUGCUCAACGUCUAUAGCGCAUGCGAGACACACGAAAUCGCCUGUGGUGACAUCAAGGAUAUGCUUGAGAAGAUUGACAAGGAUGCUGCGUACUGCCCUGUAGGACCGCCACUUAUCGACAAAAAGUACAUCUACAUUCUGGAUGAGAGUGGCCAGAGGGUAGAAGAUGGCGAAAAUGGCGAGCUCUGCGUUGGUGGACACCUUCUUGCCCGUGGAUAUCUCAACCUUCCAGAGACAACUGAAAAAGCAUUCAUCAGGAAUCCAUACAGCUCCAAGAUUGGUGCUAGAAUGUACAGGACUGGCGACAAGGCACGCAUACUUCCCAGCGGCCUGCUCGAAAUCACCGGGCGUGUCGGCGCUAUGAUCAAAAUUCGUGGAUACUCGGUGGUACCAGGCAAGGUUGAGAACGCAAUUCUGUCCCAUUUGGCUGUCAGCCAUUGUGCUGUGAUAGCUUUUGGGGAGGGUAUCGACCGCCAGUUGGUGGCAUACAUUGUUCGAGACAAGAACACAUCGGCCGAACGCCCGGAGCUUGAGAUCGACAGGACUGGGCGCAGCUCAACUGCUAGGCGCAUGCUUAUGGCCUAUCUUGCUCAUUACAUGAUUCCUUCGUUAUGGGUUGAGAUGGACAAGCUACCAACGAGUGAUGUUUCUGGCAAGGUCGACCUCAAGGCUCUACCUCCCCCGAGACCAUCAUCACCUUCAGGAAGUGCACGCAAGUAUGAACAAAGCCCAAUUACUAUCGAACAGAUAACCCAAAUCUGGGCGUCUAUUUUGAAUGUCAGCCCAAGCUCGAUCACUCCUGAAUACAACUUCUUCGAUCUCGGCGGUCAUUCACUUCUUCUUGCGGAUCUGGCUGCGCGAUUGUCAAAUACUUUCGGUUUUCGGGUACCUGUUGCACGUCUCGCCCAACCUGCAACCCUGAAUGGACAUUUGGACACAGUUCGUGCCAUUCGCGAUGGUCAUACCGCCGAGGUGCAAGAAAACCUCCCAGCCGUAUUACGUGCAGACUCCGUCUUGGACAAAGAGAUCCAGCCAAAAGACGCCAGGGUGUGUGCACUCAAGGACGCGAAAACUGUCCUCCUCACAGGUGUGACUGGCUUUUUGGGUGCUUUCCUUCUCCGAGAUCUACUGGAGAGUACGUCUGCUCAAAUUAUCUGCAUGGUCCGAUUCGCCGAUUCCUCACAAGAUGAUAUCCCUGCCGGUAUCGCUAGGAUACGUAGGAACUUACUGGAUUUUGGCCUCUGGAGCGACAACAUCAUGGAACGUGUGGAGAUUCUUCCAGGCAAUUUGUCUCGUAAGCGAUUCGGUCUUGCCCCUGAUACAUUCAAAGAUUUGGCCGAACGUCUUGAUGUCAUUGUUCACGCUGCCGCUACUGUCAACUUGGUGUACCCUUAUGCUGCGCUGCAGAAGCCUAAUGUUGGCGGAACACGAGAAAUUCUACGUCUUGCGGCCCAGGGCGGUGUGACAGUACAGUAUAUCUCAACCAACGGAGUACUUCUUCCCGCAAAGGGCCGAGAAGGGUGGCCAGAAGACGCGAUGCUUGAUGUCAACGAUGUUGUCAAGCUUGCUGAUGGUUAUGGACAAACCAAAUGGGUCGCUGAACAACUCGCUUUGGAAGCUGGCCGAAGGGGUCUUCCCAUAAAGAUUCAUCGCAUUGGUACGAUCAGUGGUCACAGCGAAACUGGUGCUGCCAACGCAUGGGAUCUCUUGACAGCCUUGAUUGUUGAGUCUAUCAGAAUCGGUCAUUAUCCAGACGUCAAGGGCUGGCGCGCAGAAAUGACACCGGUUGACUUUGUUAGCAAAGCUAUCAUCCAUCUCAGUAACCAGACCGAAGCUGAGCAGCCAGUCUUCCAUAUCGGCGAUCCCGACCCUGUUGAUGUUAGCAAGGUCUUUGAGGAUCUCAACGAACUAGGCUACCCAACUAAACCUAUAGAGUUCACAAAGUGGAUCCAACUCUGGGAUGACAAGCGCGGCGCCGCUAAGGGUGGUGAUGGCGCGUUCACAGUUGAUAUUCUCCGCAGCGGUAUGCCCAGUAUUGAAUUUCUGAGGGAUGUUGUGGUGCUCGACAACGCGAAGACACGGCCACUUCGUCUUGCUGUAGAGCGCCCAAAGGUUGAUCAGGUACUUCUCGAGACGUACACACGUCACUGGUACGCUCGAGGCUGGCUUCCAAAGCCUCCUGUUCAUCAAGACGCUGCUGGUGGCUCGGCUCGCCUUCCCCGAAGGGGUCCUCUAUAUGGCAAGGUCGUUGUUGUUAUGGGUGCUUCAUCUGGUAUUGGUGCUGCUACUGCUACAGCUCUUGCACGAGAAGGCUGCCAUGUUGCGCUUGCAGCACGGCGUAUUGACGCUCUCGAAGAUCUGAAGAAGAGCAUUGUGGUUCGCGAGGGCAAGAUCAUCACCCAGAAGACCGACGUCACGGACAAGAGCCAAGUUGAAGCCCUUGUCGCCGCAGCAGAGAAGCAGCUGGGACCAGUUGAUAUCUUUGUCAAUGUCUCGGGAGUCAUGUACUUCACCAUGAUGGCCAACUCGUAUACCGACCAGUGGAACCAAACCGUCGACGUAAACUGCAAGGGACUCCUGAACGUCAUCGCUGCCAUCGUACCUUCAAUGCUCAAGCGCGGAAAAGGCCACCUUCUCGCCAUCUCCUCAGAUGCUGGUCGAAAGGUAUUCCCUGGGCUGGGUGUCUACUCCGCUUCCAAAUUCUUCGUAGAAGCUACACUACAGAGUCUGAGGCUUGAGACCGCUGGUACGGGACUCAAGGUCACUUCUGUGCAGCCGGGUAACGUCGCCACUGACUUGCUGGGGAUGAGCACGGAUCCAGAAGCAUUGAAGAAGUACGGUGAGCCGAGUGGAGCCAAGGUCCUUGAUCCAGAGAACGUUGCGGAUAGUAUCGUGUACGCGCUUAAGCAGCCGGAUCAUGUCAGCGUCAACGAGGUCCUCAUUGAGCCUAGAGAUGAGCCGAUCUAG